CGCUCAAGCGAAGGUGAAUGGGCUUCACGCACGCUGGCUCGCACAGUCACUUGAGGCAGAGGAGCGGGAGCCACCUCCACUUCCAGAGCAGGAAUUGGAUGGCAAUGGCCAGUGCCCAAGAACGGAAGCCCAAAAGGCCACACUACAUCCCGCGCCCGCCGGGGAAACCCUUCAAGUACCAGUGCUUCCAGUGUCCCUUCACCUGCAAUGAGAAGUCGCACCUCUUCAACCACAUGAAAUACAACUUGUGCAAAAACUCCAUCUCCCUGGUGUCCCAGAAGAACGGCCAAACAGCUCGCCAGCUCAAGGCCCCCGCCAACAAAUCAAACAGUGGGGCCACUUUGCCAGGAGCGCAGGAGAACGCAGCGGCGGCAGUGGAAAGAAGCCACACGGCGGAGGAAGUUGACACAGAGAGCGACGCCGCGGGCGUGAGGGAAAGUGGCCUCUUAACAAAGGCCAGCAACGUGGCGGCUGAGGAGCUCAAGCAAGACUGGCCUCGCCCGUCCGCCUUCUCCCUGGUGACGCCCAACCCCGACGGAGCCCAAGCAAAGACGUCGUCAGUGCGGCUGUCAGACUGUCCCUUCCCCUGGACGCUACUGCAACUCCCCGCACCCGUGGGUCCUGAGUACACGCCUUACUUUGGGCCUUUCUAUUCUCCCUACGACCACACCGCAAGGGAUCACACGAGUGCGUCUUCUCCUCUGCACUUUGAGUUUGCGGAUCCCCAGAGGCCGGUGAUACCGCAGGCCACUGCCCCGCCUUCCGCUUCACUCAUGGCCACAAUGUACCCAUACCAAUACUGUCACCCGACGGACACGAGACGGCCGCUUCAUUGCGGCCUGUACAGAGCCCGCCAGCUCUCCGGGUAUCUCCCUUUGCACUGGUACUGGCAAAGCCCGGCUGCUGGAGAUAAGCACGUUGACAUGCCGUCUGCUCACAAUCAUUUGGCUGAAGAAGGGCAAAGCGGCCACAAGGAGACUGGGCUGAGCCCCAAAGAGGGCUGCUCUGCCCUGGGCUCCCCCAACAGACCCAGCCAGAGGAAGCAGCAGGACACUGACCCGCAGGGCCGCCGCUCGCCCAUAGAAGAGCAAAGCGACGCCCGGCGCAAGGACACGGCUGAGAGCCUGCUGCAGCUCGGAACUCUGCUUGCCGACGGGGGAUGGGCCGAGAGGUUUGGAAAUUGCGGCAUGCCCGCACGGUGCUCGGAAGCGGCGUCCGAACAGGAGGACAACACAGGCGCCGUGGCACCGCUAAACCUCUCGAUGAGGCACCCGGACAGCUCAGGCGCAGACGAGCCACAGGGUGCAGAGGUGCCGCUCAACCUCAGCCUCCGCUUUCCUCACGCCGAGCCCAUGGACGAAGAAGCGUGUGAGCAGAGGCAAAGGGCGGCGCUGGCACUCUGUCAGCUCGCCUUGCUGCGCCGGCCAGCGCAAGAUUCCGCUGCUGCCGACCGGCUGCCAGCUUUGAGGGAAAAGAGCAAACGAAGGAAUGCGGCAGGCACCGAGCGACCCGGCGGCAGUCAGGCCAAACUGCAAAACCCACACAAACCAAAGAGGAGAAAAGCGGCAGCGCGGUCCGUGAGGAGGCCUCGUCGCUACUAAACAAGGAAAAGCGACACUCGCCUUUCAUCGCGACUGCUCGGACCUUUGUUGAUUUGGUUUUUCUCUGUUCGUCGCUGCAAAAUGCAUCGUUCUAAGAUCUGAGAUGACUGCAAUUUUUUUCUGGAUUAAGAAGAGACAAGAUGGACUGUAUUCUUUGUUAUGAUGAGAUCAUCCUCUUGAACAUGGACAUUACUGAAGCAGUGAAAGAUAGAUGCUGAUCGCUUCGUAAGGAAACGUGAGGUCGCUCUUCCCGGCAUGUAAUGUCUGUUAAAAAUAAAAAAUUAAUAAAGCUUA